AUGUGUACCUGUGACCAAGAGGUUCAGUUUGGAUCGGAGUUCUCGAGUGAUGAUGACUUGACAAUCUGCUCCAGGUUAGACAGUGACGAUUAUUUCAGCGAUUGCGAGGAUUACUGCGACUGCUACAGCUCUAAUGUCUACCAGGAAUCGCCAUGUGUAUGCUACAGGGUCAUAAAUGUGGAAGCCGGCGACGAUGCCGAGCACUGCAUACACAUUGAAGAUCGAGCCCACAGCCCAAACGGUGCCAAUGGAGGUUGUCAAUGCGCAUGUCUCGUUACCAUAGACCAAACGCCUAAAACGGCGGACAAUGUACCGGUAAGGAUAAGGUCAAAGAGCCAAAACAAGUCAAAGAACAUACGCUUUUGCAACCGGAUUGUACCGAAAAUUUUGAAGGAACCGAACUUCAUCACCUUUACACAUUCCUUGUCCAGUGGACUAAACAACAUGGAGAUUAUUGCCAAGCCGCUAAAGCCAAAGUCUGUCAAGGCUAGGCCGAAAAAGAUGCCUCCAAAGCUCAAGAUUGCAGUCUCUAAACGAAGUUAA